CUUUGAGUGAAUUUCCCAGCCUAUGAAAGAUUGUGUACAGAGAGAUACUUCCCAACCUAUAAAACUGCACUGGGUUUGCACAAAUUAUUUACUUCUUCCAGCCAAUAAUGACUGUUAGGUUUCCUUUGAGAAUGUGUGGAAGUUUUGGAGCAAUGAUGUCUGGUAAGAAGCUGCUCUUCUUGGUUCUUCUACUGCUGCUGACAGAUUUAGAAGUUGUUGGGUUAGAAACUCCUGACUGCAGUGAAAGAAGGGAUGAUCCUGCUUGCUUAGACUUUCUUGUGGCCAUGCCACCACCAGAAUCCAAUUGUGAUGGACCUGUAGGAUGCAAGCUUAAUUUUCUCAUUCCAGAUGAGCAUCCCACCCCAGAGGUGCAAAGAGAACUACAGCAUGACCUACACCAAGAGUUUAAACAGACUCUGAAAGAAUCUGGAGCUGAAGGUACCAUCAAGCAGCAGAAUCCAAAGCCAAAAACUGUUUCAGACAGGUUGAACCUUGUGGAGUCCAACCUCAUGUCUUUGACCUCUAAGCUCCAGAAGCUUCAAGAGGAUGGCAAAACCAACUUGGGCAGAAUAGAAGAUAGAAUAAACUCACUGGUGGUGCUUCUUCUGGGGAUCUUGUCUGGAUGUGACAUACCCUGCAAUGAGUCUGUACAGAAGCUGUCUACACUAGGUAAGUGCAUGAAAAUUGGUGAGCACAUCUGUAGCCAGGACUUACUUAACCCAUUGAAUCAUCCAUUUAUUAUAUUUUUUCUGAAACUGUUUUAUUUUUUGCAUUAAAAUGGAAAUUACUUUGACACUUCAACGCCUUUUUUGACAGUCAAAUGGCAUGUAUGGCAAAACAAAUGUUCUAAUUAACUAUGUAACACAAUGAUGCACAGAGAGAACUCAAUUGGUUUUCUACCAGACCCUGUAAGAGAGUUGUUUUUGAUACUAUUGCUCUAUUACUAAAGAUGCUAUGUUUCUCAGUAGCCUAGUGCAGAUGUGACCAGAAGGUAGAUGUCAAAGCAUCAUGGGAGCUGCAGUUCUGCAACUGUUGGGGUCCUCCUACCUGUUGGUCACCCACUGUCUAAUCUAUUUAACUUUUUAGAUGACGACAAAUGCUAGUCAGACAAAUGCAUCUGUGCAGGAACCUAAGAAAAUCUGGGGGGAUAACCUUUCGUAAUAAUUCCAGACCAACUUAAAGGAAAACUCUGCAGAAAAUUAAUGUAAUUAUGAUUGAUAAUUAUUUUUAACUAUUUAGUAGAUAUCCCCUCCAAAGUGGACAUGCAAGUAUUUUAUUCUACGUCCUUUCUUCGGGGGAUAUGAAAACUCAGCUUACAAAAGGUGCAGACCAGAUGUCCCAUCUUUCCCCGGCACAGACUUUCAGUCUCUGGUGAGGAAGACACGAAUCAGAGGCUUCUCACUGGGAAUCCUCUGUGCUGGAGUUGCAAGCGCACACACUUGUGGCUUUCCUAUGCUUCUCAAUGACCUCACUGACAGCUCACUGUGAAUGGAUGGAGGCAAGUGCUCUGUGGAGCUAACGGAAGCAGAAGCAAACCUUCAAGGUUGUCUGCAUGAGAGCCAGUGAGGUGUUCCAGCCCCAAUUAUAAAUUUGCCAGUUUUACAAACUGUCAAAGAAAUUUACAGAACCCAGAAACAUAAAGCACUUCAACAAGCGUGUGCACUUUGUAUCUAGAGUGUUCCUUUAAGCAGCAUCCAUUAUCAAACCAUGCAUACGCCUGUCUGUCUGUCUAUCUAUCUAUCCAUCUACCAGCUAGUUUCCUCUGGAUUAUUGCUCCAAAUAUUGCUGUAGUUUAGCUCAUGUGCUUCUUCAUCCUGAAUUAUUUUUUUAUUUUGUACAAGAACUGUAUUUUAUCUUGCAGGUAUUAGUGGACUGCAUGCAGAGGAUACAGCAUAGGACUGAAUUAAAGCAUUGUUCUGUUUUAUUAACUUCAUAAAUUCUAAAGUAGCUUAUACUGCCUUUCAGCAAUACAUAAAUCUCCCCUCAAAGGGUUAAGUAUGAAACUAACAAAGCUGAUAGUUAUAUAUUUAAUAGAAAUUUUAUUUUCAUAUAGUGAACCCAAAGAAAACUAUGGAGAAAAAAAUAAAUAUAUGAAAAAUGGAAUUAAGCCAAAUAUAUACAUGGCUUAUGAGUAUCAGUUUUUUCAUUGGGUUUGAUUAUUUUUCAUAUAUGUAUACACACAUAUAAUAUAUAAAUUCUGCCGGAGGCCCCUUAAAUUUGCAGUACUUCUUGGUGCAGAUGUCUUUUAAAGCACUCUGUCGAACUGAAUCGUUUUAUUGUUGGGUCUAGCAGCUAUGAUAGUUACCUCGUAUCCCCUCAGUCUCUAGGAAGUUUCUGUGACAUCAGACGCUGUGAACUUUGCCAUCAUUUGCAGCUCUGUAGCCUGUCUGAAUGGCAGAAUUUAGACUUAGAGUUUUGAAAAAGAAACAGACAGAGAGAGAGGAAAUUAAUGCUGGAAAAUAAUGCGUCAUGAAGCCAACUGUUUAACCAGCAGUGCAAAUAAAUUAAUAAGAAAGUAAGUCUUUCAUAAUAAUUCCCCCCCCCCAAAAGUAUUAGAAAUGCAUCUGAGAUGGUAAGUUCUUAAGGCAUUUAAGCCCACAGAGCUCUGAGUUCACCCACUGAUUGAUCAUUUUGAGAUUUAAUAGUACAUUUGUAAAUUGUCACUAAUAGGGUUAUUUAGUAAACAUCAGAUUUUGUCCAAAUGGACAAAAUUCCGCUGAAAAAAGGGCAAAAUUCUGACUGCAUUGGAAAUUCGCAGAUUUCUUAAAGCCAAACGGAGUCAGGAUUUGGUCACUGCGACCAAUUGUGUAACAUUCGUUCUGAAACGUUCGAAUAAUCAGUGAUUUUCACAUAUUUUCACAUAUGAACAAAUUUUCAAGAAUUGAAGAUUUAUCGAUGACUGCAUUGUGGCCAAAAUAAAUCGAAGCUCUGCACAAGCGCACAGUUAAGUGGUGAAUACAGUGAUGCUUGAUGUGCCAUGAUAUCACCAUCUGGUACUAUGCCUCAGCUAGUGACGAUAGCAUAGCUAUAUGAAACAUUUUACUGGAGUAGUAUAAGACAGUAGACAUGCAGGACAUGCAGUUGGACAGUAGACAUGCAGUCGGAGCUCCAGUAGGGAAAAGGGGGAAUUUAUCAGGAAGAGAGAAAAUAGCACAAGUGGGACAGCAAAUAGAGGUAGAAUAGAACUCAUAGAAAAUAGUUGGAUAAAGAAGAGGUUUAGUAAUAUUGAGGAGAGAUAUCGGGCUUAAUGGACUGAUGUGGAUGUCAGGAUACUUGUCCCUUGUGGUGCCAUGCGGCAUCUGUGUUCCAAUGCACACAAAAGGUUCCCCAAUCCUCACUAACUUUUUGGUGCAUAGUUAUGACAUAAUUUAUAAUUAUGAAUCUUUCCAUUGAUCUCCUUUUUAUUGUCAAUCUAUGUGGCACGUUUUGAUGAUGCGUACACACUUAUGAUAUCACAAUGCAGUAUAGGGUAUAAAUACUUCCUGGUUUUCCUUGUUUCCUUUCUCUAUUGUGCUUCUUGUUACCUGAGAGUUUGUUUAUACUGCAAACUUAUCGUGAUACUUGCCUGACUAAUGUUCUGCUGCGACAUUCCUGAGCACGCUGUGCACAUUGUUCGGGAAGUACCGCCUCCUGGUUCAAGUCCGUCUUCUCCAUCAGCGAUUGAAUUCAGAAUUCCCGAAUGCGCCGAUUGGGGGGAGAAUACUCUGAAAUUGCCUGAUAGAAAGAGAGACGCUGCACACUCGUAGCACCCCUCUACUUAUACCGGUAUGAUGCCUAACGUCAUUUCAUGUUCUAGAAAGUGCCAUGUCAUCACUGUGACCACGUCUCCACGCAUUUUUAAAGUCACAGUGGUGACAUUGACCAAUCAGUGUCCACAUCAGUGUUUAAAUAAAGUUUUAACCCCAUUGUCAUUGCCCUGCCAUGGUUUCCUCUUGGUUGCUCGUAUAGUGCGUUAUAUGUUCCCUUAUUUUCUGGUUAUUUGAUUUUGGCUUGUUUACAGACUCUCCUGACCUCUGUAAUCCUGACCUGCCUAGUUAUAUUGUAUUUCCGUAUUUCUGGUAUCCUAAUCUUGACUAAUGUUAAGUUUUCGCUUUCUCUCUUUUAUGGGUUAAACCUAGCCAUUCUAAGGUUCGCUAAUACGUCCUUUUUGUCUUCAUAUUCCUGACCUAUAAUUGUAAGUUGGGCAGUAUAGCCAUGACUAUAUUGGGUUUACAGUUUUGUGACCUCGUCUUAUUUGACCAUUCUUGCUCUAUGUUAUCCUCAUCUUGGCCUGACUAUUGAUUCUGUGUAUAUCUGUUAUCCUAGACUUCUGCCUGUUUCUCGAUUACUCUCUUCUUGUAGACAUUUCAGAUAUCUGGCUUAGGCACUAGCUCAUCCACUCUAAGGACCAGUAACUGUUUCCUUUAGGUUUGCAUGUUAGGGUACUUAAUUCCUGACAGUGGAAAAGGGAACUGAAGUAGUGUAAGAGAAGGGGAAAUAUGGUGUAUUUAAAUCUCUAGUCUUGUGAAAGCCUCAGUCUGUGAGGGUGAAACUCAUUGAUUGAGACCAUAGACUGUAAAUGGACUUCAGUAUUACACAUGGAGGAGCGUCUGGAUCAAGGUCAAUUGACAACAGACUAAGAUACCAGAGUACCAGACACAGAAAAGGUCCCUUUUAGCAUCAACAAAAUAAUACAACUUUAUUGCAAAAUUAGUAAGACAAAAAAAACAAAAAUGAAAAAGCCAUAGUGGCUAUAUUGGUAGUAAUGGAUAAGCAACAUUUUCUAUAAGCAUUAAAGAACUCUAUAGCAGGAAUACAAACAUGUAUUAUUAACACUAUUGUUUUAAACAACCUACGGUACUUAAGUCCCCUCCCUAUGGCAUGUGAGGAUUUACUUACUUUUUAGCUCUCACCUCACCGGUCUCUGUACUUUCCCUUCUGCCUCAUUGCCUGAGAUUAUGAGUGUAAAUGUAUCCCAUAGGAAAACAUUGAGAAACCAGUGCGCAUGCGCAGAAAAACUCUGGGAGACCAUCUGAUUGAAAUAGCCAAGCUUAACUCGGCUAUUGAGGCGGAAGCCCCUCCAGCAUUCAGGAAGUCUGCCUACUGGAAAAUUUCUAUUGUUAUUAAUAUUAUUAUUAUUGUCAGGGCUCAAAAUUUAUACUCAUCACUAGCUAUGGGUAAGUGAGUUUAGCACUGGCGAGUAGAAGCUCACCACUGGAGGGUAUACUAUUGAUUGCAGUGGCAAGUAACUUUUGAUGCCUGGCUAGUAGCAUAGGAUUUCACAUUUUAAGCCAUGAUGAUCAUUAUCAUUAUUAAUUUCAUUAAAAAGUCUCUCCAAUCAAUUUCUAUAUUCAAGCUUGAGCAAUCCAUAUCACAUACUUACUGUGUGUGUCACAGUACCUUUUGUUGCCCAGCCUGUGGAGUGGGACCUUUCCCAUAUUCCCUCUUCACAGUUGUCCCAACGCCGGCUGCUGUUGCUCUGUCCCCUUGUAUGAUGCGGCGCGUGUGCGUCAACGUCAUGAUAUGUGCGCCAAUGUGAUGAUAUCACAGCCUGUAAAAAUUUUGAGUUUGACCAUUUUGGGGCCGUGGCUAUAAAAUUAAAGAGACACACUAUAAAAAGGCUUCCUAGGGCAUAGGUCAUAAUAAUGUGAUUAAUUUCUGGUUUCCCUAACGCCGGCUUGUUCCUGACCAUUCUCUGUCUUUCUAAGUUCGGCCACUCUAAGAACCGGUAUACGUUUAUUUCUGAUUAUUAUUUACACACUGCGUGUUGGGUCUCUCAGUAUUCCUGAUGGUGUAACAGUAAGAUAAAUUGGAUUGUGAAAACUGCAGGUUACCGUACCUCAUGACACUGCAUUUCUCAGCCUGACCUGAGUUCACAGCCUUUUAGUAACAGUUCCAUAAGUGAACAGACAGCGUUCAAUGAAUUAUGUAUCAAUACAGUUCCAUUAUUAAUAUAGUUACUGCUUUCAAAUAACCAGACUUUGCUUCUGGCAGUAGUUUCUCUUUCUUAAUUUGAUUUAUGAAUUGGUGAUGUGAAUAAUUUUUCAUAGUUGAAAUGAUGCUUCAUCAUUGGUUAACCUAUCAUACUAUUUCACUCUUAAAUCCUAACUAUAGUGCUUUAUAUCAGUAUUUAAAAAAUCCAAAAUUGCUUGAUGAUACAUGGGCCUCAAAAAUGGUUUCUGCACAUCUGCGAGUGUACAAGAGAUAAAGCUCGCUCCAUUAUUUAUCAUGCGUGAUAGCCACAAGGUGAAGAAAAGGUGAACUCAAGACUGAUACUGAAAUACACCAGACUUCAUAAAUAUGGUCUGCAUUAACACAAUGGGGCACAGUGGCAAAUCCUGUUAGACAUAUGAACAUAUUGGUUACUUGGGCAGUAUUAACGAUACCACAGGUGGAUACUUUUCAACUGAAUAAAUAUUGUCUUGAAAAGUUAAAGACUAAUAAUAACAACAAAUUAGGUUAGGCCAUAUUUGGGUAAAGCUGGUAAAAUCUGUUGUGUUUUUCUUUUCCAAAUGGGCUUUUUAAAAAACUUAGAUGCAAUAUAAUUCUUUUUGCAAAUACACUGAAAGGUAAAUUAUAGAAAUUUAAGCUAUAUGUUUUUCCCCAUAACGUUCUCAUGACUUCAAAUUGAUAAAAAUCAAGCUUACAAGACUGCACAUUGUGGUACAUAACUAACAGGGUUAUUCACUAUAGUGAGAAUUCAAGGUCAAUUCAAAGUGAAUUUUAAACUUAAAGAACCCUUCCCCCCAACCAUUGACUCAAUGGUAGACAGCCACUAGAGGCAGUCUUAGUACUGCAAUGUAAAUAUUGCAGUUUCUCUAAAACUGAAAUGUAUUACAUUGCAGGGUUAAGGAAACAGGUACACCCCCACCAAGACCACUUCAAUGAGAUGAAAUAGUCUCUGUGCUUAUAGUGUCCCUUUAAGUUCACAACAGCCAAACUAGAGGAAUUCUCUAAGUCAGCUAUGCUUUUUGUUCACCUACUCUGGCCUUAAAUUUGAAAGUCACUUAGAAUUCACCUUGCAUUCUCACUUAAGUCAAUAAUCCUAAAAACAUUUAAUUCAAGCCCAGGUGUAAAGCACAGAUUCAUGGACGCAUAUGUAGAAAAUCAUAGAAACAUUAUGCCAAGGUGUUAUAUUCCAAUACCUUCCACAUUACUGUUUAGUAAGGUGUUAUUUUUGGUCGGAGGGCUCCUGACAGAAAAGCCGUAUGGAGAAAAAAACAUGGUAUAUAAGCUAUAUAGCAGGGAUGCCCAAAAGAUAGACCUAGAUGCAGAAUUACCGCUACUAUGAUUCUGUGCCAGACUUUAGAAUGGCAAACCAUCAUGGAAGUUGUGGUUCUGAAAUGUAUUGUAAUGUACCUUCGGUGUACCACUGAACUAUAGAUAUGCAGAGUCCAGCUUUUUUUGCAUUUUUAACAGUGGCAGUCAUGUUCCUGUCCCUACAGAAAGAGGAAAACUGAGGAUCCCGAUCCAAUUAUGUACCAAAGUUGCCAAGUAUGAUAAAAUGCAAGGCUAUCAUAAUUGGCAUAGUCAGUCCAGAGGUCUAUGGUGCCGCUUAGUGAAUCAAAGCUACACAGCAUUUAGGUUGAAUGCCCAAGAUAAAGUCUAGGUGGUGGGAGUACAUGUGGCCCCUUUGUAGGCUGAAUGUUUAAAGUUCUUGAAGCCCAACCCUCCUUGAGACUUCUUAUUAAUUAAAGAUGGACUAGAAUAUGCGUUUUCGAAAUAGGAAUGAUGGACCCACAAUGUUUUGCUGAAUACUUUUCUCUUCAACAUAAGCUGAAGUACUAAAGUAUGUAGUCUUCAUAUGCUACGUGAAAUGACAGCUCUUUUCAUGUACUGCACAGCAGUGUGAACAACAAACAACAAUCAAGAAAAAUAUGGGUGAAGGCCAGCCCACAAAAAAGCGGUUUAAUAUUUAUAGGAAACUAUGUUGCCUUGUUCAGCCAACAAUAGGUAACAAAUAAUAGAGACGUGGGGAUAUAGAAAUUAUAUAAAAGAUCCAUGCUCUCGGCCAGUCAGCUGCCAGGACUGCUUUUUCACACACGGAGGUGGGGAGCCUUUUAUCUUUUCUCCCUAAUGAUGUUCAGUAUAAUUAAUGACCUUUGCCUGGAUUUCAGAGGGACCGCCAGCGUUGUUUCAUUGAUGUCAAAUGCUCAGCAUCUUCCUCUAUCGACAUCCGAGGCUGAAAUUACUGAACUGUUGUAUAUCAGUAUGUAUAGAGAAAGCUGGGAAGCUUUCACAAUGACGUGGACCCCUUGGCUGGUUGAGUGCUUUAUACUGUCAGGGUUAUUUCAUAAAGGGAGAACUGGCAGAAAUCCAAAAUGAAUUCAAACCGAAUUUUAAAUGUAAGGGCAAAAUAGCUGAACUGGGAAAAUUCUCCAAGUCAGCUCUGCUUCCAGUUUGGCUAUAUUGGUCUAAUUUUUUAAAUUGAAUUUAAAUUCACUUUAAAUUCCCAAGAAUUCUCAUUUUAGUAAAUAAUCCUUUAUGAUUUCCUAACAAUUCUCACUUUAGUAAAUAAACCUGUGUGUAUAAAAUGGUGCAAACAAAAGUGCCAGUAUUUUUAUUGUUUGCUGAGUCUAACCUUAUUUCCAACAACCCUACUUAUUAUAGACUCCUCUGCCUUCUGCAGAUAAGAAUAUGUGGUUCAAAUCUCCCUACCAAUAUUUCAGACUCCUUCAGUGGUACUCAGUUAUAGUUACAUAGCUUAAAAGAGACAUGUGUCCAUCGAGUUCAGCCUUUCUCAUAUCUGUUUUCCUGUUGAUCCAAAAGAAGGUAACGAAACAAAACAGCAUGAAGCACUUUCAAUUUUGCAACAAACUAGGGGGAAAAAUCCUUCUUCACCCCAGAAUGGCAGUCAGAUCUCUCUUUGGAUCAAGACGCUAUUACCCCUCAAAUUAAAAAUGGUAUCCCUGGAUAUUUUUUUUUUUGCAAGUAUUUAUCUAAUUGUUGUUUAAACAUCUGCACAGACUCUAAUAAAACCACUUCUUCAGGUAGAUAAUUCCACAUCCUUAUUGUUAAUACUGUAAAAAACUCUUUCCUUUGCCUUAUACUAAAUCUCCUUUCUUCCAUUCUAAAUGCGUGACCUCGAAUUAAAACCUGGACUUGUCACUUCUUAUCCUUCUGCUAAUUCCAGACCACUCUGUCUUCAUCAAAUUUCCAUCUGCUAAUGUUUAACUCAACAGAUGCAUAAAACACACCUCUGCUUGUAUCUGAUUGUAUCGGAUCUCUUUGACAUAUUCCAUGCUGUACAGGCAUUAGCUCGAAUGUAACUGGACAGGUCAGGGUACAUUUGAAUACUAUUUUUCCAUUGAUUGGAAAUUGCAAUGUACCUUGAACCCAUUACAUCCCUUUGUAUACACAACCAGCUAAUGAUUUUGUGCUUUAUUUGUUAUUUUAUAAGUUCUACAGAGAAAAAAGAGAAAGGAAAAGGGAAAGGCAUAGGCAAAACCAAUCUAGUUUGGUGCCCCUAUUGUGUACAUCUCUCCUUCCUCCAUCUCGUUUUCACGUCAGUUUCUUUUCCUUAGUUUCUCUCUAUGUCAAUCACUUUCAUUCCUAUUUCUCAGUCUCUUGUGUCUCUUCACAACACACUUGCAUCUAUUUAUGUUCCCACCAGCAUUUUAACCUGAUUCUCCAUCCACCAGUCUCAUUUCCUUUCUUCAAUUCCUAUAACACUUUAAUCUCACGUUACUCAUUACAGUCCAAUUGCCUUUGUGUAGACUAGAAUAAAUAAUCCAGGAUUUCCAGGAUUGGAUGCUACCAGUCUGUUCACAGCCCAGCUCAGAGUUUUGUGAGCCAGUCUGUACAACGAUCUACUGAUCCUCCAACCAUGCAUAUUCUGCAGCUCAUUCUCUCGGUAAGAGGAAGCGAGCAGUGGAGGCUUGUCCAUAGUGGCAGGUGGGGCCGUGCCCCCAAUUUUUGUGGUAAUUAAAACCAACCUACGUGUGUGGUGUCUUUUUGAUGGCUGGAGACACUGCCAUAAGCUGUGCAACAAAACAUUUUCCUAUGUCUCCUAUUGACUUUGAUUGAAGCCAUCAGAUGCAGUACACCCUAAAAGAUAGGCAGUCAUAAGGUUACAACAUCAGGGGUGGAGUUGGAUCUCUUUCAUUGGAUGUAGCUUCCUAAAUCCAUAAAUCCAUUAGUUAAUGGUGCUAAACAAAGCAGGACCCCUCAUUAUAACAUUUGAGCAGAGCCCAGCAAGUCUACGGUGCUGUCAACAAAUUCCACAGCUCUAGAUAAGUUGAGUAAGUUGAAUAAUAACAAAACAUACACAAACAGGUGUGCACAUAUGGCACAUGAGCUUACUAUCUAAUUGGAAAGGUAAGUGCCUCUCUUACAGCAGGGAGCAGCAGAUCUGAGCCCUGUACCUCCAGGGGUCUUGGGUUUUUUUAACUGUACCCCAAUACCUUUUGGCAAGGAGUACUAAGGGACUUAUGUUGUUAUUCCAGUGAUCAAGUGGCUGUAAUGUGUAUCAAUAAUGUACACACCCUUCUCACUUUUUUAUUAAGACCCAGAGUGCAUUGGCACAGAGCGAUGGCAAUGGCAACUAAAUAAAUGCACAUACCUAACAUUGUUGCCAACAGACCAUUGAGUUCCUGCUCAGGGAUGAGGCAUGAAUCAGAGAGGUACAUAAAAUAAGGUGGAGGUGGGAGUUAAUAAGCCUCACAAUAUUUUAUUUACCUGGGGCCAUGCAAAGUGCCAGGAAUGUCCCUGGAAGAGGGAUAGAUGAUAUAUGAGCUAUGUAUAAGUUUUGUUUUAGAUUAAGAGCUACAGAUAUGUGUCAGCUAGAUUGUGAAUAUCAUGGAGCAGUAUUUGCUCAGCAAACCCUUUUUGUUGAAUUCCAGUCUACUGUGAACGCUCAGUGAACUCUGGAUUUCAAUAGCAGAGAGGAAAAUCAACAUUAAAUAAUUAAAGUUUAACUUUCAAUGACAUGUUGAUCUUCGGCUUUGGGAAAACUGAGAGUUACUUUAAAUUGGUAUUAAUCCCUUGCCCACAGGUGCCUAAUUAAUCUAAUAAAAUUUAAUUAAAUUAAAUACUUGACAUCUUUAAAAAAAAAAAAUUCAACACAACUUGAAAAAAAUAAAAAUACCCAUACUUGUUACUCCAAGUGGUUUGAAUAGGUCAUGGUGACUGAAUCUGUAUGCACAGUGCUGGGGGCUAGUUGCAUGUCAAGCACAUGCAAAUUUAGCAGCCCAGAACUCUGAUGUAACAAGGCAUCCCUUGUUACAUCAUCUGCAUCCGAUCUUCUCUAAUAGGAGAAACAGGCUUACUCUGUGGAGUAAAGCACAGCCAAUAUAGGGCUACACUCAAUGGCUGAGAGCACACUGCUGAUGCUGUCAAUCAAUGAGCAUGGCCAUGCAUUGUCCUGCUUUGCUGUACAGAGCAAUCCAUCUUCUCAUGCUGGAGAAGACCGGAUGUGGCUGAUGCAACAGGAUUGCCGUGGGACCCACGAAAGUUGUCAAAUAGUUUGACAUUUUAAGAUAGGAUGACGUCAGGGCACUCCUAGUAACAUAACAACUACAACUACAUUUUAAUUUAUGUCUAUAUGACUGAUAUAGCAUCCCAUAUAAAACGCCUACUACACUGAAUGGUUAAUCUGUUUAGAGACGUGAUAGCUGUGCUUUAAAUUCUAAUUGCACAGCACUGUACAUUUUAUUGGUCUAAAAUCAAUAAUAAUCAUGAUCGGUACUCAGCAGCAGAAUGAUUAAUGGAUCUAAACAAAAAUGAAAAUUCUAAAAUGAAGUCAUCCCCUGGCCGCUGAUGUGGAAUAAAAAGAAGAUAAACAAAAAGAAAGUGAUGAAGCGCCACUUGUUUAAUGUUUUCAUAUCAUCUUUGAUGCUCCGACAAGUCCCUUCGAGCUCUACCACCCUUCAAAGUUGGAAUCAUUUCGACCCUGGCUUUCUGAUGUGACCGUCCAACGCCUCCUCUGAACAAAGAGAGGACGAUUCUUUUCGGAACCCAGAGACAAUCCUCACUCUGUUUUUGGCUCAGUGCUGUGCAACUGGCUGCUGGAAGUUAUUAAAAGCGGCAGAUGUAUAGAAUAAAGUAGUAAUUAAUAGUGGGUUGUCAACACACAGUGCUGUCUGCUCACAUCGUCAGUUUAAAGAUUUUUAGAGAGAGAGGGAAAAAAACUGACUAAUUGCCUAUGGGUGCUGUUAGACACCAAAUACUCCUAACAUUUUGGUGACACCUUUUAACAUCUUUUUAGUUUGUUCAAUUGACUAAAUUCUAACUUGCUCUUUCAUGACCAUUUAUUAAACGAUUAUAACUCAAAAUGCAUUGGUCUAGAUAUAUGUACCAGGGCUAUUCACUAACGUGAGAAUGCAAAGUAAAUUCAAAGUGAAUUUCAAAUUCAAGACCAGCUUACUUUUACCUUAAAUUUGAAAUUCACCUUGAAUUCACUUUAUAUUCUCAUUCUAGUGAAUAGCCCUGUAUCUCACUUUCAUGAUCUGCACACAUUAUUUCAGCACGACAAUAAUGAAUGGGUAAUAAUGUAUGGAUCAACUCCAUGGUGUCUUGGGGCACUACUUUUGGGAUGCACAUGUCCUAGUCAGCUGAAAACUAGUGGGAGUUACACUCCUGAGUGGUAUAGUCCCCAUUUUAAUGUAGACAAUUGAAAUAGCUACUGCCCACGACUAUAACGCACACUAAUCUCAGACAUGUACUGUAUGUCGCAGUGCUGUGUUUAUGGCAAAACUUCCACUUUAAUCUAUAACCUAAUCUACCUUGAUUGAUUCUCUCUAUGGGGUGCUGGUGUUGUCGUCGUCCCCACUCCCUUUUAUAUUAUCACUACAGCUUUUCCUGGAGGCGACCCGUCAGAGGGAUGGGAUCUCGGUCUUCCCUGGGUUGAGGGACAGAUGCAUAAAGUCAUAGCUGACGCUGAGAAUUUAUUAUUUUUUAUUGUGCAAGCUUGGAUAAUGCUUCCAAAUAUCUUGGGCACUUUCAAUGAGUUUAGUGCAAUCUCCAACUUUAAUUUGAACAUGGAUAAAUCGAGGGGUGUUGAAUGAGUCCAUCACUGCUCAGGAGUCUGAGACCCAAGGAGAUCUUUUCCUAUUUUAAUGGUGUACAGCAGUAUAGACAAGCCAAGAUAACUGGGGAAAUGGGAGCCAAGGUAUUUGUCCCAACCAUACACUUUUAACUUCUUUUGUCUACUCCAGAACUAUUUUCAUGGUAAUUUUAUCUCAUGGUUUGGGUGAAUGAAUGCCCAUAAAAUGAAUGUCCUGCCCAGGUUCCUGUACAUUUUCCAGACUAUACUCAUUCAAAUAUCAAGCCAUACAUCUAGGGAGACUGACUGGCACAGAUGUGAAUUACGACCUGGAAGGCUUUAGCUGGAAAUGGAGAUAUCAGGGGACACCUUGACAGAAAUGGUCAAGCUAGAUUGCAGACAAUGGCCACUGGACCUCAGGGCUCACCCCUCAAUUGGAGUGACUCUUAGGGUGUUGCAAACACUCCCUUGCAAAUUAGGAUGGAUGAUUUUUCCAGGUCCCUUGUUGGUAGUUUACCCUGAGGAUCCCGAAGGGAGGCUUAGGAGACUGUUACAAGUGAGGAAACUAUGGAUGUGUGUGCAGAAGAGACCUUGCUGCUGCUCCUGACACUUGCAGAGGGAGAAGUGCUAUCCCUGCUCAUUCUCUUUAUGUAUUAUCAGUUGAGACAUCAUUAAAAGUCGCUGUCCCCGAAAAACAACCUUCACAAGGACCCAACCGGUUUUGAACAGCUAUGCUUGUUAGGUGAACACUGAGACAGGAGUAUUUCUAUAGUAUAUCAGAUCCUUCAAAACAUUUUACAGGCUGCCCACCUUUGGUUUACAGCUGGAUGGGAGGAGGAUCUACAGGCACCAUAACAACUUAAAGGGACACUAUAGGCACCCAGACGACUUCAUCUCAAUGAAGUGAAAUAGGGGCCACGUGCCCCCCUUUUAACUCUGCAGUUGAAAACAUUGCAGGAAUGUCAAUGUUUACAUUGCUGGAUUAACCUGCCUGUAUUGAAUGUCAUGAUGAUAGCAGACCAUCUGAUUUGUCAGUGCGGCAUUCUGCUGUGUAUGCGAACUAACCUCACAAUGCUUUCCAAUAGAAAGCAUUAGAUUGGUUGAGAGAUACACAGAGCACACUAGCACAGCGAGGGAAAAAAUUGAAAAUUCAUAUAAAUCCCCUUUUUUGACCCUGGCAGUGCUGGCCUGAUCACUUAAACGGUGCCUAGAGCACUAUCGUGAUAGAAAUAAAUAUUUGUAUUCCUAUCGCUAUACUGUUCCUAUAAUUGAGAUGAGUAUCAUUUAUACUACGGAAUGGUCAAAAAGUAGAUACAAAUAUGUUGAGAACCAAAUACUAAUGAUCCUUUGCCAGUCUUAAUUCAUAUAAAUAAUAUCCCAGUUCACACGUUAUAUGGAACAUUACAAGCAAUGUUACAACAAAUACUAUUCUGUACUUUUCCAAAUCACAAGGUUGCAGGUACAGCUGCCAGCAAGCUUUAAUAUUCCGAGGUGCAAUAGCCUAGAGAAAACAAGAUGUAAUUUUCCUGGUUCAAUAAUAAACUGAUAAUAACUAAUAAUAAACCAAUUUGCCAUAAUAUGGCCAACAAUGUUAACCUGUUUGCCACAGCUCGGAGUCCCACAGUCAUUGGCAAUCAAUGCCGCGCAGGCUGUCUCUGUGUCUGCUUGCUUAAAGUCAUUCCUACCACCAUGCUGCUUGCCAUUCGGAGGUGAUAUGCCAUUUGUGAUACUGGAAAACCUGCUGUCAGUAAUAUGGUCAAUGGUGCACUUAAGCCAUGGCCAUAGAAACACAAAAAAUUGGUAAAUUAUGACCAAUUUUAAAGGUGGUUCCUGCUUAUUCCCUAAAUAAUCCAAAUAACAGAGAGAAGGGAGCUCAUGCGCCACCAUUCCACAAGUCACUGUCAGCCACCUGGAGAGAGAAGAACAUUAAGUGUGGGUGCCUUACUGCUGCCUAGUUCUUGAAUCCUAGGAAGCCAUCACUGGCAUCACUCUGCCCAUCUCUCUGGCAGCUAUUUAAGUAACUGUUGGCCGCCUCCAUUUCCCCAGAGUUGAUACUCCUUGGGCUGGGAUUAUAUGUGACUGUGUGUGCUGUUGGCAGUUAUGGAACUGUCUGUUUGUGCGUCUUUUACAACUUUUGUGAUUUACCAGAUUUCUCUUAUGUUUAAGUCACUCUGUACCCAUUAUAGGUGCAGGGUGUAUAUGUAUUAAAUGUUUUGUGUGCUCUCCUGUCCUGCUGAUGCUUUCUACCAACUAGGUGGAUUUGGCUGUAGAGUCUGUACAGCGCCAUCUGUUUAUAGCAACUGUUAUGUGCACUACCUGAAUGGCAAGAACCAGUAAUUUGCAUAUUCAGGUAGAUUUGCAUAUUAUGGUUCCUGCAGGGAGGGGAGAUAUUUCUUGUUAAUUAUUUUCUUCCACACCCCUUUGAAAAUAAGUUAAUGUGUUAUUAUGAGUUCCUGUAUAUUUUCCCAUAUAAUUUAGUUAUUUGUGUUAGCUUGACUUUGUCACUGUAAAUUUGAUGCAAUGUACAUAUUGGCUAGUCCCUGAGUAAAAAUAAAGUUGUGUGUGUUAAGUCCAUCUGGACAUGCGUGUACUGGUUUGUUUAUUCAGGAACCCCAGUAACAGAGUCUUUGAACCUGUUGGCUGGCUGCUUGGUCUCUGGAUCCCUGAACAAGUUAAAAAGAGAAAGGCCUGAGAGCCGCAAGUGCCUUUGUAAAGGCAGUAGUUUAUCACAGUGCAGGCAGAGGUGUGGAACCCUGCCUGGAAAAUGAACAGCAACAGGCAAAGGCAGAGAGGACGAUACCUGCAUUGAUAGAGAGAGCUGCAGCCUGGUAGCAUUUGUCAGCUACCCCAAGCAAGCUAUGGUGCUUGGGGCAGAAACAUCCAGGGUUCCUAAAAGCAAUUAGGAAGCCGACUUGGCAGAAGUACUCAAUCGGAGUUGGAGGGGCUUCAUCAUAGCCACCUUUGGUCGCUUUAUGAGUACUGUCUUGCUAUGCUCACCAACCAUACUUUUAAUCUCUGAGGGUGGCAGAAUAUGAUUUUACAGACUUGUGCUCUCAGUGACCAAUCCACAUAGAUCUGAGUUAGAAAGCAAGACAGAUGGACCACAUAAUUGCACCCUCACACAUGAAACCUCUGUUGGAGAUUAGAUAACCCAAUUAAGGUUAUUCAUAGAGUGUUUAAAGAUGUAUUUGUUUGUGGGGGCCUCCACAAUUUCCAGAAUACUUGUAGGUGAGGGACCGCCCCAGUUUAUUCUAGGGAGUGGAGGGAAGAUCUUCUUGUUUCAAGUUUUUAUGUCCAAUUAUUGUGUUGCCUAUUUCUUGCCAAGUAAUUCCAUUUGCCUGCUUCAGAUUUUGUAUACCUUAAUAACACAAUCAUCCAAUGUCCUUCUUUCUUCAUUUACUCAACAAGUCUUUAUUGUAGAAAGUCGACACCUAAAGACCCUCGAAACAAAGGAAGAUCCGCCGUUGACUCUGAGGGGAUUUGCUAACACAGGUUCGCCAGGUGAGAGCCUUAUGAAAAGGUGUGUGUUUCUAAUGUCCAAAAUCUCAUCCCUCAGUGUUAGUGUUAAAUGCUUGUUACAUGCUUUGAAUUGCAUACCAUACAUUAAACAGUUAAUGCACAUUUUUUUUCUUCUUAAUAUGGUUUAUUUAUAAACAAGCAACAGCAAUAAACUAACUGUUCUCAAAUUGACAGAUUCAUUGUUUUCGUCUUUUUGCAUGUAGUUUCCCCUGCUUCAACUUAGAUGUCCCUACUGCGUAACUGCUCAGACAGAUAAAAAAAAGUACAAUAUUCUAAAAAAUAAUAAUAAUUAAUAUCUUUUUUUUUUUAAAUCAUUAAGUUUCAUUAUAUGUAAUCAACUUUUUAAAAACAAGAAGGGAAAAUUUGAUGACAAAUGUCCUAUAGCAGGUACAUACUAUCGGUCAUUAGCGCACCUAUACAACUUUCCACCAAUUUUCAGAUAAUGAUACUUUGGUAAAUCUCCCUCAUAUUUCUAAAUAAAUGUAUUUUACUAUUAUCUGUUUUUGUGUCUACUGGAAGUCGCCACUUCAGAAAAGCCAGAACGGCUAUUCCCACGAGACUGUGCUGAGAUCCACAAACAAGGAAUCCGGGACAACGGGAUCUAUACCAUACAACCCAUCCCUGUAAAGUCACCAUUUGAGGUACAUACAUAUUUACAGACACCAUCCUGUGAUACCUGCUGAAUUAUUGUGACUAUUAUAAACAUUGUGCAGUCAGUACACUAUUUAAUUAAUAUUACCUUUAUUCUUAAAUGUGUAUCUGUAGACAGAAUGGAGAAAAGCUCUAAAAAAAAAAUGUUUAUUCAUUAUUGUGAUUUCUAACAAAAAUAUAAUCAGUGUGUUUAUAUAGCCAUGUUUCUCUUCUUGUGUAAGUCUUCCCUGACAAUGUCUAAACUGAAUUUCCUGAAAAAUUUACACAUAUUUAUAGAAUUCUCUUUACUAUAACACUGGUUUUAAAAUGAUAUCACAAUAGAUGUUACUGGCCACCUGUAAUGUCAGUGAAUGUUGGUAAAUGUCCGUGAAUGCUGAUAUACUGACAACAUGUUUUAUUCACAUCUGCUUGGACUAUUGCCUAUGUACAAACUUGAACAGUAAUUGUAUAUUAAUUUUGUUCUCAAUAAAUAUGUUAAUAAAAUACAAAUAUUGGAACUCUUAGCUUUACUAAUUUUAAAUACACCAAUUUUAUUGUUUGUGAAUGUUGCUGUAUGUGUUUUAACUAUGGUUUCUAGAUGUCUUAGAAUGGAUACUGUUCAAUACAUUCAUUGUAUGGUUUGUUUGUUUUCCAGGCGUACUGUGACAUGGUUACAGAUGGUGGUGGUUGGACUGUCUUCCAAAGAAGGCAAGAUGGUUCUGUAGAUUUCAACCGUACAUGGCAAGAAUAUAAGCAGGGUUUUGGUAGCCUUCAAGGGGAACAUUGGCUUGGGAAUGAGAACUUACACAGCCUCACAAGACUUGGUCAACACACUUUGCGUAUUGAACUUGAAGAUUGGUACGGUGUGAAAAGACACGCCAUUUACCGAAAAUUCAAAGUGGCCAGCGAGCAAAACAAGUACAGACUGACAGCCAGAGAGUACCAGGGAAAUGCUGGCAAUGCCCUGAGCUACAGCCGAAAUUACAACCAUGACCACAAGCAUUUUACAACAUAUGACAUUGAUAAUGACAAUUACCCGUCAGGAAACUGUGGCACUUAUUAUGGCUCUGGGUGGUGGUUUGACACCUGCCUGGCUGCUAAUUUGAACGGGAAGUACCACAAAGGCCGGUACAGUGGGGUAACCAGUGGCAUUUAUUGGGGAACGUGGUAUAUUCUAACAGAUAAAAGGACUAAGCAGAAAUACUCAUUCAAAAAAGUUGAGAUGAAAACUAGGAUUCUAAAUGCAUAAUGUACAGAGAUCGUUAUUUAAAAAGACUCAAUAUAAGUUUUUUAUUCUAUUUUUAAGAAUUAGUUUUACAUUUUAUUUUUUAUUGAGAAAAUACAGCAAUCAAGCAUGUGAAGUUCCUAGAAAAAUAAAUAUGAUUUGCAGAAUAGGGGUUACAUUUAUUUAUUGGGGCCUUUCUAAAUGUAAUAUUCUACAGACUAACCAUUUUGCAAACUGCUGUCACUUUCACCUUUCCUUAGAAGAGCACCUGUAACAUCAGAGUCUUUACGCCCUAAUACUAACAUCAGAUUUCAGGUGAGACACGUACAUUUACUGUAUCAAGUCUAAAAUAUGCACGAACCUCAGGUUUCUGCCAUUCCUGCCAGAGUUGAAUUAAUAGUAAUUUUUCAAAUAAUUAACAAAAUGGACUUCACUAUGUUAGUGCCAAUGACAUUUUUUGAUUUUCAUGUGUGUGCUUUCAGAUACUCUUUGGAGAGAAAAGGGUUUGUAAAAAAUGUAUUAUUAUAUGGAAGAGGAAAAAGUAGGUUGAAUGGGAUGGAAUAAUGGAAAUAGCACUCAAUACAUGUUUUUUAUGAAUAUAUAGUUUUAUCUUAAACUAAUUUAAAUACCAU